AUGACCAACAGCGAGAGACCAAACGAGGAUGACAGCGGUGCUAACAAUGAUCCCGGUACGCGCAUCUAUCGGCUCCACAACAGACGUCGCCCUUGUGACCAAUGCCGCUCCCGCAAAGUUCGAUGUCAAGCCGACGGUGGAAAGCCACCAUGUCGUCGAUGCGCCCAAACUCAGACUACAUGUACUUUCGAGAGGCAACCAAGACGCACGACUCGCCAGAACAGAACGACGUCUCUAUCUAGCGAGGCCCAGUCACCAAGUUCCCACCGUGAUUCCCAGGCUGAUGCCCUCAAUCUCAACAACUCUUUCAACACUGAACAUGACAUUGGCGACCAAUAUCAGCCUCCCAGCAACAGCGGAACAGCGAUUCAUGGAGCUUCGCCUCAUGUGUUUCCUCCCGAGAGCGAGCUGGCAUACCAUCGAGCGCCCACACUUGAUGGUGUCACUUCUCCAACGCAGCUGCAGUUUUCACAGUCGCUCGAUGAUAUACAUGGCCAGACACCCAUCCUUCUGGGAUCUUCCUCUGAGUCCGACCCGUGGCUACUUCGACACUUUCAAUUCGACGAGUAUGGACUCAGAAGCUUUUAUGGCCUGCAAUUUCGGAACAUUGGUGGAGUGCCAAAUAGGCAGAAGAUUCCUGUGCACUUCAUCGUGACGCCUAGCGCGAUGACCGAGACAGGAUCACUACGAGCCAAGUUGAACGAGCUUAUUCCCGUAUCAUGGGGCAUAAGGCUCGUCAAACUGUUCUACAAACAUGUUUAUCCCAUGAUGCCGAUUAUAUCUUCGACUUACUUCAGCCAAGAACUUCUCAGUGACCCAUUUCCCUCACAUGAUGCACUCGACCAUGUCCCAUAUCAACUACUCGCCUCCAUCUAUGGAAUUGCACUGCCCUUUGCUCGAAACGAUGAACAUCUCUCCAUUGCCGAUAUGCACAAUCAGCUUCCUCGCGCAGCUGUAUGGCGCAUUGUCUAUGACAGUUUGCAAGAGCAGCUCCAUCGUCCUCGACUUUCUGUCUUGCAAGCAGGCCUAUUCUAUCUACACAGCAUAACUCAGGAUCAUCAGGCACUUGUCACAGCGCCAGAUGCGUUCAAGUGGUCGUGGCUAGGUAGUCUUGUGGGUAUAGCUCACAAUCUCGGUCUCCAUCUCGAGACUCGCAUGUGCGCCAUCCCAACCGAAGAGAAGCAAAUUCGUGCCCGGUUAUGGUGGGCUUUGUACACUGAGGACAAGUUGCUCUCGCUACUUAUGGGUCGACCGUCAUAUAUAUCCGAGGCGGAAUGGGACGUUGGCGAAUUGGACGAAAGUGAUUUCAGCGUUCCUGCUAGUAUUCCCCUUACAGAUCUUUCGCAUGCCAAGUUGACGGGGCCAUUCCGAGAUAUGGUCCGUCUAUCUGUGAUCGCAAACUCGGUGCAGUCUUCUUUCUAUUCAUUGAAGGCUUCUCAGAAGCUCUCUGAAGAUCUGUCCCUUUCUAUUCAAACAGCCCACCCCAUAUUCGAGCAGCUAGGCUUGUGGCGUGCUUCAGUUCUGGCUCCAGAGUCGCCAUGGAUCACAAGCAACAACAGUAUCCUCAACUAUGAAGGAUCGUAUCCAGCAACAAUAUUUGUUGCCCAUGCCACCCUAGUUACAUAUAUCUGGAGAGCCCUGCUUCGACCUAUCGUACCUUCGGCUGCUCCUCCGCUCAUUCUCGAUGGUCAGCUUGGAGAAGGAUCUCUCAAUACGGAACUGCAAUCGCAUGCUAUUGAGAACCUUGAUUGGGACUUACCAGACCUCUCCCACCUUGAGCUGCCACUGAGGAACUCGGCAGAUGGCUCGGGCUCACAUGACACGACCAUUCAGAAUCUUCAUCAGUCAUGCCUGGCGUGGGCUAUAAGUCUUUCCAAUCUCGCCAAACACCUAUCUCCCGCUCGGUUUCACGAGUUUUGGUAUUCCUGGUCAAACGUGUGCUUUGCAGUAAUGUCUAGUUUUUCCAUGGUUGUACUCAUCCAAUCCCCUACGCAAGAGGCGGCGAUGAGAUCUAAAGAGAUGCUCCUGACUUGGCGUCAUAUUGUAAGGGAUCAGAGCAAAAUCUCUCAAUUAUUGCUACUGGCCUUGGCGCGAAUUGAUGGAUACUUUGCCGCUGGUCUUCCUGACGUCUUUUCGCUGCCACCCCACGUCAAAGCAGUGAUUUAG